AUGGCGAGCAAAGAACUUAAAAGUAAUCACAAAUAUUUAAAGACUAGACAUAGUAUUGGAAUGCAAGUAAUGGAUCAUAUUGCAGAUUUGAAAAAUUUGACGUGGUUUAAGGAUGCCAGCUUUCCUGGUGAAUUUGCAAAAACAGUCAUAUAUGCUGAACCUAAAUCAUCAAAAUUAAUAAAUAAUAAUAAAUUAAAGAAGAGUAGUAAGGGUGGUGAUGAUGGUGGUGAUCUGAAACAACAAAAUACAGAUCAAAAACUAAAAAAUGAUGAAACAAAAUCUAGUACAGAAAAAUCAAUAUCACCUACUACUAUUGCAUCAGUUGGUAUAGAAAAUUCACCAAAAUCAUCGUCAUCAUUAGAUCAAAGUAAUAGUAACUAUAUUCCAAUUGAAAUUGUUUUAUUUAAACCUCUAUUAUUGAUGAAUAUUUCUGGCAAAUGUAUAGCAAAAGCAGUAAAGCAUUUUGGAAUGUCACCAUCAAAUAUAAUAGUAAUUCAUGAUGAUAUGGAACGUGAACUUGGGAAAAUUAGUUUAAAAUUGGGUGGAAUGGACAUAAUGGAAUUAAAUCAGUCAUUCGAUGUCUUCAGACUGAGAUUAAGAGUAGGUAUAGGCAGACCUAAAACAUAUGAUGAUGACAGAGAUCCAGAAAAUGUACAAAAAUAUGUUCUGGGAUGUUUGACACUUGAAGAAACAAAAAUUUUUAAAAAUGAAAUAUUUUCAAAAUGUCAUGAUACAUUAAUUGAAUGUAGUAUGGAUGAUAAUAUAAUAAAAAGGAAUUUGAAUAGAUAA